AUGUCGCCUCGCCUACCAGGGAAGCUGUUCCAGCUUUCUUCCCCUCUGUGGGAUACUCCAUUGGCCGUUCCCCGGGUUUCUUUGCGAAAGUUUGGCAUCAAAUCUCUCAACACCCCCAAACCCAGCCGCUUCAACAUCGGACCCGGCCUGCCGGUCCUUGAAUCGACCUCGACCGCAGCUCUUCGCCGUAAGGCAAACUCACUCCCACUCCGAACCGGUGUUAUCGCGACCAAAAAGGGCAUGACCGCUGUUUUCGACCCAGAAACCGGAAAACGUACCCCCUGUACGGUGCUACAAAUGGACCGCGUCGAAGUGGUCUCGCACAAGACUCGCCAAAAGCACGGCUACUACGCUGUCCAGAUCGGCUCAGGCUGGAAACAUCCCAGCAAUGUUACCAAAUCACUCCUUGGCCAUUUCUCGGCUAACGGUCUCUCGCCCAAACGCCAUGUCUUCGAGUUCCGGGUCAAGGAUGAGUCCGGCCUCCUCCCCGUUGGUCAGAGUGUCAGUGCCGAUUGGUUCCAGGAAGGCCAGUUCAUUGAUGCUCGCUCCAACACCAAGGGAAAAGGAUUCGCAGGUGUCAUGAAACGCCACGGCUUCCAUGGUCAGGAUCGCAGUCACGGUGUCAGUUUGACCCACCGUUCUAUGGGUUCUGCUGGUCCUAGUCAGGGUGGUGGUUCUCGUGUGUACCCAGGAAAGAAGAUGGCAGGAAAUAUGGGUAAUACCCAAAACACCGUUCAGAAUCUGAAGAUCAUGAAGGUAGAUGCCGAAGCUGGUAUCGUGGUUGUCAGCGGUGCUGUGAGUGGGCCCAAGGGAUGCAGUGUGAGAAUUCAGGAUGCGAUCAAGAAGCCGUGGCCUGAGAUUACCCCUGCAGAGUCAGUAUCUGCUUAA